GAGGGAGGGGGGUGAUAUAGUCUCUGCUGCUGCUGCUGCUGGAGCUCACAGUCGCUUCGAGCUCGCGCGAGUCUCCAGAUCUGCUGUUCCCGGAGCGCAGAUCGCGUCGCGGCAGGCGUUGGUCAGAGAUGCUCGUGUUUUAGACGCACCCAGCAUCAGUUUCCGUCGCGCUGAAAGGAAUGAGAGCAGAGCAUCAAUGUUUCACUGGGGAAAGUGGAAGAAGAGGAUGGGAGCGAACAGUUCAUCCAAGAGACCAGUGUUCGACGACAAAGAGGACGUGAACUUCGAUCACUUCCAGAUUCUGCGGGCCAUCGGGAAAGGGAGCUUCGGGAAGGUGUGCAUCGUGCAGAAGCGGGACACGGAGAAGAUGUACGCCAUGAAGUACAUGAACAAGCAGCAGUGCAUCGAGCGGGACGAGGUCCGGAACGUCUUUAGAGAGCUUGAGAUCCUUCAGGAGAUUGAACAUGUGUUUUUAGUAAACCUCUGGUACUCGUUCCAGGACGAGGAGGACAUGUUCAUGGUGGUGGAUCUGCUGUUAGGAGGAGACCUGCGCUAUCAUCUGCAGCAGAACGUGCAGUUCACCGAGGACGCCGUCAGACUCUACCUGUGCGAGAUGACGCUGGCGCUCGACUACCUGCAGAGCCAGCACAUCAUACACAGGGACAUCAAACCGGACAACAUCCUCCUGGACGAGCAAGGUCAUGCGCAUUUAACAGACUUUAACAUCGCUACCAUAAUCAAGGACGGCGAGCGAGCCACGGCGCUGGCGGGUACAAAGCCUUACAUGGCUCCAGAGAUCUUCCAGUCGUUCGUGAGCGGGGGAACUGGUUAUGCGUUCGAGGUGGACUGGUGGUCGCUGGGCGUGACGAUCUUUGAGGUCCUGCGAAGUUGGAGGCCGUACGACAUCCACGCCAGUAACUCGGUGGAGUCUCUGCUGCAGCUGUUCAGUACGGUCAGUGUGCAGUACAGCUCGUCCUGGAACAAAGACCUCGUCUCGCUGCUGAGGAAGUUAUUGACGGUAAACCCAGAGCAUCGCUUCUGUAGUCUGGCUCAAAUGCAGACGGCGCCCUACCUCUCCGAUGUCAACUGGGACGACGUUUAUGAGAAGAAGAUGGAGCCCGGCUUUGUUCCCAAUAAGGGUCGUCUGCACUGCGAUCCCACCUUUGAACUGGAGGAGAUGAUUCUGGAGUCUCGACCUCUUCAUAAGAAGAAGAAGCGACUGGCAAAAAACAGAUCGAGAGACAACAGCAAAGAUUCUCAGUCUGAGAACGAGUAUCUUCAGGAGUGCCUUGAAGUCGUCCAGCAAGAGUUCAUGAUUUUCAACCGUGAAAAACUGAAGCGCCGGCAGGAGGAGGGCUGUAUGGCAGCAGACGGAGACGCUGAUGCAGACGGAGAUGAGGCCGAGGCCGAGGCGGAGGCCGAGGGAGGAACGGAGGACGAAGAGAACGAGGCCGAACCCGAGGCCUCCAAACUGAGCAUGUGUGGCUCAGUCUGCUCGUCUCCGGGAAGCUGCUAGCGCCCCCUGCUGUCUCGGAGCUGCUCACCUCGCCUUUAACAGCUCUGGAGAUCCCAGCCCUGGCUUCUUUCGUCUCCGUCGCUCCUAGAGUAAAUCUGAACUUCUAUGCAACGUAACUCUUCAGCAUGAUGUAAAAUAGAGAUUUUAGAGGCAAUUCUACAAUGUAAGACUGUUUGCUUGAGUAUGACGACACCACAUGAAACACACCAGACGACGGAGGAGAUCUUCAUCUUAAUUGCAUUAGUAUGUUUACAUAUGUGACCACAAAAUCAGUCAUAAGGGAAAUUGAGCUUUAUACAUCGUCUGAAAGCUGAAUAAAUAAUCUCUCCAUUGAUGUGUGGUUUGUUAGGAGGACAAUAUUUGUCUGAGACACAACUAUUUGAAAAUCUGGAAUCUG